AUGGCAUAUGGUUAUGAUGGCGGCACCUUUGACACAUUCGACACUACUAGCUGCCAGUUCUGGGUUGACUAUACGCUCAAGGUGGCUGGUGAGAACGCUUUUGGCGGGGAGCUGUGCAACAACGCGGGCGAUGCAACAUAUAACUGGUCAGAUACUUCGGCGCUGUGUGACCCCGAGGGGCUGGCGACCUAUAUCAAGACCAUGAAGAUUGCGUAUUUUGAAUACCCCCUGGAGGAGCUGUUUGAAAAUACCACGAAUCCAACGACCGUGGAAUGCAUUGCAGAGAUCCAGAGAGCUCUGUUGGAGUGGAACUAG